CAGGCUAAGUUUAAUUCUAAAUAAAGAAUGAUAUUUUCUUUGAAUCAAAAACAUGUAACUUGACUUUAACUAAUUUAAAAAAUAAUAAAAGGACAAAAUCUUUUAAAUCUUUUUUAAAAAUAGGCCAAUCCUAAAUAUGUCUCGCGGAAGUAGCAACUACUAUACGCCGAAUGUAAAGCCCGUAGAACCUGCCCGGGUAUCUUUACUUUCUUUUUUCACUUCAGCAAAUAAAGAAGGGCAAUCGGGAGGGAAAGUGUCCCUGAAACUGACAACCGCUACGCUAGCCCCCUCUAUAAUUUCCACAAAAAUCUGUUUGAGAAAUCAACACGAGAAUGCUACACCCUUAUGGCAACAUUACUCUCCCCCUGCAACUUUAUAUUACAACGAGAAGAAGAAUUCUAUUCAGCCUUUUCACAAGCAAAGCCUUCAUGAUUCGGCAAGCUUUACCCAAGCCUAUCCCAAUGUAUCAUCUAAGAAGGAAAGCGUUACCGGUGACCACUUAACUAAAAUGAACAAAUAUCUCGGUGAUCAUCACAUUCCUAACGAACAAACAGAAGUAACAAAGAAAAUAUCAAUCAACGAGAACAAAAAGUAUUUCAUGUCGAGAGUGGACGAGCGAUUUAAAUUUCCCUCACUCUUAUUUCGGAACGAGCCUUAUAUUAACUCGAUCCACCCAAAGAAUUCUGCUAACCCCGGUCAACUUCCUAGUUACACUGGUGAGUAUAAUAGUUAUGAAAAUCGACCGAACUCUCCGUCUUUAGCAAUGGGUUUAGGGAAGCUUGGUGAUAACGUAAUGCAACCGAUUCUCGGAGAGGCCGAGUGUGCUGAAAUGAAUAAUAAAGAAGGUUCUGGUUCCUGGUCUGGGUGGAGACCAUCUUACAGGGUGAAGGAUCACAUCAAGCUCGAAAGCAGGAAGCAAUACGAAAAGGGGUUCGGAACCGGGAUUCUGGUAGGUUUAAAGAUGGAUGCUGAGGACAAGUACAAAAUGUCAAAUUCACUGAGAAACCAGCUGAUAUCUGGAGGGGGUGGAAUCUACGGCCUGGAAAGUUUGGGAUAUUCCAUAAUCACCAACACCCAACGAAAAAUUGAAAGAGAAAGAUGCAAAACAUUUAUUCGUUCCUUCAUCAAAUAUUCAUUUUCUCAUGUCGGUAUUUGCAUUCUGGUCGUAGUAUAUAUAUUAAUGGGUGCUUUUGCAUUCAGAGCACUAGAAUACCCGAAUGAGAGCAUGCUCUUCGUCGAUGUCUAUCAACUUAGACUUGACUCGGCAGAAAAAAUCUGGAAGAUUUCUAAAAAACUAAAUCCGUCUAAUCGACACGUUUACACGAGUGCCGUUAGCAAGGAACUGCUCAGCUAUCAGAUGCAAAUUAUAAAAUUGGUGCAGCGAAAUUUCAACGGUACCCAUAUAAGAUCAGACGAUUUUCGUCCUCGAUGGUCCCUCAACGAUGCCUUCUUGUACUCUCUUACCGUGAUAACGACUAUAGGUUAUGGAAACAUGACGCCAAAAACUAUAUGGGGAAAAAUUGUAACUGUAAUAUACGCCAUAUUCGGUAUACCUAUCCUAUUGUUGUAUUUGACGAAUAUCGGCGGAUUUUUGGCUCAUCUAUUCAAGUUUCUCUACUUUCGAACCUUAAUAAUGUGUUCGGGAACAAAUAGAGCAAGAAAACGGAAAGCAAACAUUCGAGUAAGAGAGAUAUCAGAAAUGAUUAGCGAAAGUGAAUCCAUCCCUUUAAGGACUGAGAAAAAUAAAAAAAGUUUUUCCAAAUUUAACAACUCUUUAGAUUUUUACUCUCAACCAUUACUAAUUUCUCCUAAUACUCUGCUGAAAUGCCAAUCGUCAAGCGAGGAUACCAACCAAAUAUCAGAUAAACGUAAGAAAAAAGGCAAAAACAAAGGUAAAGGUUUAACGGGUGAUAGUGAAGCCACUUCAUCUUACCUUAAAUCAUCACGAAGAUCGCAUACACCAUCCAGGGAAUCGUAUAAUCCUAUGAUUCUGGAAAACGAAAUUCAAUCAAUAUUGAUAGGUCAGCAUAAAAAGAUUCGGAAUUCUAAAAUUGGUAAAUACCAUAAGAAAGAUACGAAAGCUACCUCUUUGAAAUACAAUAAACAAGACGAAGUACAUGAUUUGACAUUGAUCAAUAUCCCUAGCGAGAACCGUGCCAAAUGUCUCAGUAUUUAUAAACCCAACUGCCGCAAUAAUUCUGUCUUUGCUCAAGAUUUACUAUCUAGUAAUGUCAAUAAUUUUAACUCUCUUUUAGCGGAGGCAAGAUCUUCCAAGAAUUCAGCUUUAAUUGAUUGGUUAAACACCAAUGAUGAACAAAUCUCUAAUUCAAAUGAUACUCCCUACGUAAGCAAGAAACGCAAAGAUAAAGCUCAUAGAAGUAUCAGGGACCUGGUAGUCAUGAAAGGGCGCAGAAGUACUGCCACAUUAAAGAGGAGCAAGUCUCUCCCUAGCGCUCCAAAUUUGCACCGCAACAAGCAUGGCGGGUUCGGAAUCGGACCACGUUCUUAUUCCAAGAUAACAGUUCCGAUGUGGCUGAGCAUUUCCGUACUCAUCCUGUAUGUGUUGGCCGGAACAAUCUUAUUCUCUACAUGGGAAGAGUGGGACUACAUUGAUGGCUCCUACUUUUGUUUCAUAACCUUAAGUACUAUAGGAUUUGGAGAUUUGGUUCCAGGUGACAAAGUUAUGGGUGAAUACGAGAAAGAUGCCAUGCAAAAACUAGCCAUAACCUCGCUUUACAUUUUGACUGGAAUGGCUAUUAUAGCAAUGUGUUUCAACCUGAUGCAGGAACAGGUCAUAGAGUCUGUUAAAAAGUUUGGGGUUAGGAUGGGAAUCGUUGUGAUCGAAGAAACUGAUUAAAGAGAGGGAAAGGGGGGAAUUCUGAAGAGGCUCAUAAUGUGAUUGAAUAUUUUUUUUAAUUUCCAUUGUGAAUAUUAUACAUUUACGAUAUUUAAUUCGAUAUUAUAUUUCUCAUUAAUGUAAAUUUUAUGAUAGUAAUUAUUGUUAUAUA